AUGGAUGCCCAGCACCAAACAGCCACCCCGCCACCACGACCUGGAUACAGUUGCGUUGCCUGUAAGCGCCCGGAUUCGGCCGAUAAUAUCGUAGCCUGCGAUACAUGCAGUCUUUGGUGGCAUUACACAUGCGCCGGUGUCACCGAUUCGGUAAGAGACCAGGAGUGGACAUGUAGGAGAUGCCUUCCAGCUCCCAAGGUACCACAGUCGGUACGAUCCACUACGUCGAGUCGCAGAGCCAUCCUCCAAAUGAAACGGCUGGCUGAGCAGCAAGAACUAGAGAGAAAGCAGCUGGAAUUGGAGAGGAAACAGUUGGAACUUCAGAAGAAGCACUCGCAGGAGAAAUUCGAUCUGGAAGAGACGUUAGCGGAAGAGGAAGACAAUCGUAGUGUCAGAAGCCGCGUGAUCGAGAUUGAGUCUCGAGAGAAGCAGGUAUCCACAUGGAUUGAUCAGCAUACCCCCGCAACCAACCAACCGGUCGUCCCAGCUUCGCAUGUAGCAGCGCUUACUGAGCUUCCACAGCCGAUGCAGCCGCUGAUCAACAAUCUACCGGAUGAGGAACAAGGAGCUGUAGGAGGAUAUGACUGUUUGAGACAUCCAGACCCCCAGAAAGCUACCACGCCCACCGAUGGAGUGACGAUCGAGCGAGCUGUGCAAUCAGGUUUUCAACGACUGCAGCAGCAGCUGGCACAGUGCCAACAACAGCCAGAACCGACACUUGCACAGAUUCAAGAUCUGGAGGCACAAUUGCAGAGAUUUCGGAUUCAACUACAGCAGCGAAACCAGUCAACUUCUCUCAAGCUACCUGUGCCAAGCACGAGUAAAGGUGCGAUUCCCAAAGCGCAAUGUAUAACGCAGACGAACAGGACGCGAGAACCAGUUGAGAAGCAGACAGAUCCUCUUGUAGAUCAGCACGGCAGAGACACUGUUCCUCUAGCUAAAUCGGUUCCGAUGGCAGCUCCAUUAGAGCAAUCGCGACAGGUAAUAUUCUCGAAUCGUUCUGCCAGCAAUCUGAUUUCAAACGAGCAACCGCGUUCCCAUCAAGCGCGAUCGGAUCUUCUUCCACAUGAAACAGAUUCAUACGAGCAGCCGCGUACGCUUCACGCGCCCUCGAACAUUCUUCCUCCAGGAUCGGAUCCAUUCAGACAGCAGCACUCGGCGCAGUUCAACUACUACGAUGCUCCAGGCAAUUCGAGCUGUAGGUGGAGCUAA